AAGAACAGGUAGCUGUGGAAGUUGUCUCCGAUCAUAGACGGAAGAGGAGUGAUCCGAAUGAAUGGGCGUAUUAAUAACGCAUGUUCGGUUGGAGAAGAAACCAGGCGUCCAAUAUUAAUUCCCCAAGGGCAUCACGUUACAAAAUUGAUCGUGCGACAUUAUCACGAGCUAUGGAAACACCAGAAUGAAAACACAAUUAUAGCAGAAAUACGCAGAAAGUACCACAUACCACACUGCCGACAGGAGGUUCGCCGUGCAGCUAGAAAUUGUAUGACUUGUAAAAUCCAGAGAGCUUCACCAAAAAUGCCAUUAAUGGGACAACUUCCUAAGGACAGACUCUCUCCGUACGCACGCCCAUUCUCAUAUGUUGGAAUCGACUAUAUGGGACCGUUUCUGGUUGUAAGAGGAAGGAGUACCGAGAAACGCUGGAUAUGUAUAUUUACAUGCCUUACAAUAAGAGCAAUUCAUUUGGAAAUUGCCAGGGACCUGACAACAGAUAUGUGUCUUCGAGUAUUGCAUAACUUCAUGGUGCGGCGCGAAAGACCAGUAAGAAUCCGAUCUGACAAUGGUACCAAUUUGGUGGGAGCUGAGCGUGAAUUGAAAAGAGAAUUACAGGACCUCGAUCACACUAGAAUAGCGAACGAGUUGUCAACCAAGCAGAUCGAAUGGCUGUUUAAUUGCCCGCUAAGCCCCCAUGCAGGUGGGUGCUGGGAAAGAUUGGUACGCAGUGUGAAGAGGGCCAUAGGACAAGCGCUGCAUGACAAAAACCUGAAAGAAGACAUACUGUAUAGCCUAAUGUGUAACGCUGAAAACAUAGUAAAUUCCAGACCGCUUACACACAUUGCUCUGGAUAACCCCACAGACAAUCCGAUAACCCCUAAUCACUUUCUUUUAGGUUCUCCCAAUUCUAGCCAGACACCACAUCCACAAGAGGAGAAGUACCAGCCAACUCGAAAGGAAUGGCGCAUCGCUCAGCAGAUCUCACACUCAUUUUGGAACAAGUGGCUCAAUGAGUACCUACCAGACCUAUGCAGACGGACAAAGUGGCAUCACCCAGUGCCACCACUCGCUGAAAUGGACAUUGUUCUUAUCUGUGAUAAGAACCUUAAUCGAUCUCAAUGAAAAAAGGGAGUUAUUCUAGCAGUCACGCCUGGACGCGACGGACAGGUUCGCUCAGCCACUGUAAAGACGACGGCUGGAGUUCUACACCGCCCAACCUGUAUGCUGGCAAAGCUAGACAUAUUGUGAAUCACGAGCGUGCUUGAUUCACGGUGGUGGGGAUGUUGUCGAGAAAUAUUAGCUUAUAUAUACUUAGUUUUAAGCAAGGGCACAGAUACCCUACAUAAAGAAAAAAGAGAGAAGAAAAAUGGCCACACUAUGAAAAGACAAGAAGGUCACAUUAGUUUGAGCAGUCGAAGAAAGAGCGGGGAGAAAAGACGAAGCGAAAUAAAACGCAACCAACGCCUAAGAUAAGAUAAGCGAUUGUGUUUUAUCCGCAAUUCUCACGUUCCUGGACUCAACAUCUUUUAUUUCGCAUCUUGGAAGCCAAUGACGCUAGAGUUCUUGGAGUUUGUAUGAAGACGGGCAGAGACUCGUGGUGCAAGCACUGAAGUAUACUGGACAUUGGAGAAGCGACGGAACCCACAAGGAGACGGUCAUCUCGCUCGUGGGUGGAUAAUAAACAUUGCAGAACACGAAGGCCAACGUGGGUGCGCAAGUCAGGCAGCUGAAAAAAGCGCACAUUUAUAUGUAUGUAUGUAUGUAUGCACAUACUGCCAUCUCGCUCUAACCAACGAAGUUCUUGCGGGCCAGCAACUAGAGGUUUGAGUGCGCAGUUGGCUGAUGAAAUCGAGUGAAAAUUUCUGGAUUGUGGUUUGUUUGCUAAGUGCCAAUUUGAUUGUUGAUUUGGGAAGAGGUUAGUCUGCGGGUGAUGAUUACCAGAGCAAUGAGCAAAUUAAGGGUAACGGAUGAAAUGGACGAGGACAACGUUGAGAUGGGAAAAGUGGAAAGAGAAACCGCGCAAGGUGAAGCCUCAAAUAUGGAGGGGGCCGGGCCCGGCACAUCAAAAGAAGCCCAAUCACAUGGCGUUGUUAACGUUAUGAUGGAGAUGUGGCGCCAAAUGCAAGAAGGUCAGCGGGCCAAUGCAAUGCAAAUGCAGCAGUUCCAAAUGGAAGUUCUGCGGAUGAAUCAAAUUCAAAUGGAAAAAACUAAUAUACUUCUGCGAUCCCUUGGUAUUAGUGGAAGGACAACUGGCGAGCCAGGACCACAAUCAACCACGGCUGAGCCCUCAGUGAUAUCAGACGCAGUCCCAUCACCCACCACCAUCACCCAUCACCACCAUACGAUCUACCGGAGUUUAAUGGUGCUCCCGAAGAGUGGCCAAUGUUCAACGAAGCUUUCACUAUGACCACUGCAGAGUACGGAUACAGUGACAGUCAAAAUUUGUUACGCCUCCAAAAGGCAAUAAAGGGCAAGGCUAGGGAGACCGUUGAAUGUUUGCUUAUUCACAGUUCUAACGUUUCAAAUAUGUGCUCGCGCUACCAGAUUCGACCUUAAUCGCUGAUAAGACAGCAUCGAUGUCCGUUAUACCAGUUUGAGAUGAUCAGAGUGCAAUCCGCAAACCGGUUACAUCCGGCUGUCCUCCAACAAUCGUCAAGCCCCCCUUUACAGGGUAUGGGGUUUCAAUUAAACAUAUUACAACACGUU